AAACACCAUCUCGUCGUCGGGUAGGAGUAGGAGGAGGAGAUUCGUUUUUCUUCGUCGGAGCAUCCCACACCUCGGCGACGUCGCCGUUGGACGCCGUCCACCGUUGUCAGCUCCUGCGUAUUUUUUUGGGGCAAGUAUUGAAGAAGAUAUGGUGAUCCCUCCUCCACCAAGGCCGCCAAGGAUCAUAGAUUUUCUCAAACCUUAUGUGCUGAAAAUGCAUUUUACAAAUAAAUUCGUGAGUGCCCAGGUGAUCCACACACCAACUGCUACUGUAGCAUGUUCUGCAAGCUCUCAGGAGAAAGCGUUAAGGUCAAGCUUGGAAACAACCCGAGAUGUGGCUGCGGCUGCAAAGAUUGGGAAGAUACUUGGGGAACGCCUUUUGCUUAAGAAUAUACCUGCUAUUACUGUUCACUUGAAGAGAGAACAGAAGUAUCAUGGUAAGGUUCGGGCUGUUGUUGAUUCUGUCAGGGAUGCUGGUGUUAAGUUGCUCUGAUUAUUCUCAUAUAUAUAGCUGAAGCUUAGGGAAGGUCUCCUUCUGGACCUUGUCUUCCUUGUCUUGUAAUGGUGGAAAGUUUCUGUAUUACUUUAGUAUAAAUUCAGAACAGUAAUUAAGCCAAGAUGCUGAGUUUUGUUCCCUUGAGUCUUUUACCCUUAUUAUAACCAGUAAGUUGAAAAUGCUAAAUUCAUCUUCUA